AACGAAAAUAUGAGAAAUUUUCUUAUUUUGUCCCUAUUAUUUUUUAUCCACAAAACCACAGCUGAAGGUGAUUUAGACCCAAUUCCAUGUACAUGUGGUGUUUUUUUAAGUGGUCAAAUUUCGAAGGAAUCAAAAAAUGAAGUAACUGGAAAACCAGCCUUUACAAUAGAAGCUGGGGCGACGUUUGCUGAUAAUUCGAUUGGUUUAAGACAAUGUAUGAAUAAAUGUUUGGAGCAGAUUGUUAAAUUUUUGCCAAAAAGUGCUGAUAUAAUUUGUGGAACAAUGGAAAGGGAUUGUUAUAAAGAAAAAGCGUAUUUAUUUGUAAAAAAUCAUUCUAAAAAAUGGAUUAAUUCAAAUAUGUCGGCAGGAAGGGAGUAUUGUUGUAAAGAUAACACACCUUACAAAUGUCCUAUUUAACAAAUAUAAUUAAAAAAAAAGUAUCUAAAUAAAUUAUAAAAUAACA